AUGAACGACAUCUACAAAGCAGCGGUUGAGCAGCUGACAGAUGAACAGAAAAAUGAGUUCAAGGCCGCCUUUGACAUUUUCGUCCAAGAUGCAGAGGACGGCUGCAUCAGCACCAAGGAGCUGGGGAAGGUGAUGAGGAUGCUCGGUCAGAACCCCACACCGGAGGAGCUGCAGGAAAUGAUUGAUGAAGUGGAUGAAGACGGGAGUGGCACAGUGGACUUCGAUGAGUUCUUGGUCAUGAUGGUGCGAUGCAUGAAGGACGACAGCAAAGGAAAGACAGAGGAAGAACUAGCAGAGCUGUUUCGGAUGUUCGACAAAAACGCAGACGGCUACAUUGACCUGGACGAGCUGAAAAUGAUGCUGGAAUCUACCGGAGAGGCCAUCACUGAGGAUGACAUCGAGGAGCUGAUGAAGGACGGGGACAAGAACAACGAUGGCAAAAUCGACUACGAUGAAUUUUUGGAGUUCAUGAAAGGAGUGGAGUAAUGCUGAACAAAAACAAAUAUACACAUUUUUUUGGUCUGUCACUGUGACUCCACCAUCAUCUGUGAAACACUAGAAGCUGAUCGGGAUGCAGGUGAGGGAGAAAAAAACAACAACUUUGCAAGAUUUGGUCAAAUCCUUUUCCUGAUGUUUCUGUAUUUUUACUAUCAGAUCUUGCUUUGUUGUAAAGAUACUUUGUGACUCUUAGUACCCCUUUAAAAUGACAGAAAUGUAAGGCCAAAGUAGCGUAAUCCCAUGUAGCUACUUGAAAUCUCAGCUGUGUUCAUAAACAAAUGUUAUUUCCAAGGCACAGUCAGUUCAUAGAUCUCAGUGAGACGCCGAUGAUGUUUACCUGAGAGAAAAUGCAAACAAAGUGGAACUUACCCUCCAGGCAAAAACAGCUCCAUGAAAAGUGGCAGAUAAAGCAUAUUUUUCAUGCACUGCACUGAAUUCAGGCUCUGUACAUGCUAUCAUAUAAACAAUGUGCACUAUAUUUUUUGUGUGUUUUUACUCUUAUCUCCCCUAAACUUCAUGAAAGAUUCACUCGAAGCGUGCGCUCGUGUAAUAAACAAUGCAUUUGUCAGUUUGUCAUUUAUCAGGUCAUUCAUUUCUUUCUUUUACCUUUAAAUUGGUGAUAAGUGUGUGGCUGAAAAAUACAAAUAAAAGCUUUGAAGGAGA